CUCCAGGCAGUAAUUUCAUGGCGUUUCCUUACCGCGAGAUAACUCGGAUUUGGCUUCCGUGGUUCUUACUACGGGUUCCUUCUCACGGUAUUUUGUCGCGGACAAGCCUUUAUUACCCUAGGCGUAAUAGACGCGUUAGAGUCUCGCGGAAAGCUCCUAAGCUCCUAGAUUCGUAAAAAUCUUCCGAUCCUGAAUCAGGAUCUCUCACCUCGCUACAGCGCCGUAGGUUCUUAUCAGAACUUACUCAUCAGCGUAGUCAAGACUUCAUCGGCAUGCAUCAGCCUUCUCCAUGCUUAUCACCAUUUGUCAGGGUCUUCGAUUCUUAUCAGCAGCAUCGGAAUUCGAUUCUCAUCAGCAGGAUCAGGGUCGAUUCAUAUCACGCUGGAUUCUUCCUAAGAAGUGUGCGACAGCUCCGUUUCCCUGAAUGCUUAUGCUUCGGAAUGGUUCGGAAUGGUUCGGAAUGAUUCGGUGACAGCGUACUGUAGCCGGCUGUUCCUGUCUACGCGGCGGCUCGAGUCUUAGUGCUUAACGGCCGUCUCAACGAAGCGUCUUCCGGUUUCGUCCUUCGUCCGACGAGUCUUACCGCAGCUCCGUUUAAGCAGGCGACGUGCUCGCUCGCGACGUUGUCCGGCUAAGCAGGAGACCGUCUUGCGACGCCGAAUCUUCACUGACGACCAAACACUGACGACGGCCGUCGGUGGAAGAGUCGCUGCAAGCUCCGUUCACGAUCGGCUCUCCUGACAGGAUGGGCUAUUGCGAGCUCUACGUUCAACGUUUCAUGCGAGGCAUAUCGUCGGAUCAUGGGAUCAUGGGAUCAUGGGAUCAUGGGAUCUUGGGAUCUUGGGAUCAUGGGAUCAUGGGAUCAUGGGAUCAUGGGAUCAUGGGAUCAUGGGAUCAUCUGAUCAUGCGACUCUCGGCGCAUGCGACUCUCAGCUCAUGCGACUCUCGGCUCAUGCGACUCUCGGCUCAUGCGACUCUCGGAUCAUGCGACUCUCGGAUCAUGGUACUCUCGGAUCGUGCGGCUCUCGCCUCGACUCCCCACCACGAGCGCCGAUGCCACUCUGAUCUGACUCGACUCACUGCGCGGAUCCGAUUCCGCGGCCUCGCCUCGACUUGCCGUGCGGUUAGUAAGACACGCCGACUUGCCGCGCGGAGAUCGGCAGUUAUGAGCGUCUACGAUCGACUUACUUCAUUGCCGCCUCGCCACCAGGAGUGCAAAUCGGCCGUCAAUCGGUCGACAAUCGUCGCCGCAUCGAUUCUGACUCGCGUCG